AGGAGUCUCAGUAUCGGCGCUCCCGACUGGGGAUUGGAGCGGCGGCUUGUCAGUAAAUGAGCCCACCCUUCACACAGUGUGUAUGAGGGAAACCGAGCCAGACAGUGACGGAUCUGGUCCUACAGUCAUCAGCUGCCUGUCACACCAGCACGCCACAGUACCGACCCGGAGCCUUCCGCCGCGCUGUGACACCUGGCGGGGAUGGAGGGAGAGAUGCAGCCCGCAGAUGAAGGGCCCUGCGCCCCGAAGAUGUGCCGACAACAACGGGGUCCGUACAGCACCCUAAAAACCUUCCAGAGCAAACGCUCGGCGGGCAAGUCGCGCUUUGACAGGUCCGCUUUGGUCGAGGUGCCUCUCUUUGGCGACGGACAUCACUUCACUUUCCAUCCCGAGCAGCAGCAUCAUUUCCAGCCGCACCAUCAUCACCACCACCACCAGCGUCUGCAACAGCUCCACCAAACCAGCGUCGCUAUCAGCAGCAGCAGCAGCCAACAGCAUCACCCGACGCUUCAGCAGCAGCAGCAGCAGCAGGGACGUUUCCCAUGUGAGAACAGGCCCAGCAGCAGGGUCCCGACAUCCACCUCAGCGGCGGCGGCAGCAUCUCCUGGUACCCAGCAGCAGCGCGCCAGCAGCGGCAGAGCGGAGCCCAGAUUGUCUCCAGACUGCACCUAUGGUAUCAGCUCAGAGAAUCGUCUCAUCCUGGAUGCCUUUGCCCAGCAGUGUAGCCGAGUCCUCAGCCUCCUCAACAACGGCCGCCUCCUGGAGCCCUCCUCCUCAUUCACCUCCAACAUCAAGCUGGAGGAGGGGCCAGGGGUGGUACAGGGGCCUCACUGUUCCUCACUGGGGAAGACCAAACCUGAAGAGAGCUCUUCCACCACUGACCCGGAAGAGGAGACCCAACAAAGCCAUUUGAACCAACAACAGACCUCUGCCGUUCUUCGUAUCUUCACAGACUCCCUACAGAACUAUCUGCUCUCAGGGCCGCCGCCGCCGCCGCCGCAGCAGCAGCAGCAGCAACAUCUGGCUGCCGGUCUGGAGGAUGAGCAGUGUCCGUUGGCGGAGCCCGGCUCAGGGUUGUCUCCUCCAAGACAUAAUCUGGGAGGCUGGGGCUCACCGACUCCGUCAGAGUCGUACGGCCACCCUUCGUCCACGCUGCCUGAGGAGGAAGAGGAGGAGGAGAGCUGCUGUCCACGCUGCCUGGAGUUGGAGCAGGAGGUGCUGUCGCUGCAGCAGGAGAACGAGGAGCUCCGCAACAAGCUGGAGAAUAUCCCAGUUCCCUGUCAAAAGGCUCUCGACUACUUCAAGACUGUUCUUGAGUUCCACAACCAGCUGGUCCAGCCGAUGCCAGAGGAGCAGCUCACCGAGGAAGAAGAGCAGCAAACAGUCUUUGAGGGCAGUAAGCAGCUCCUGGAGAACUACCCUCUCUUCAUCUCUAAUAAGCAGUGGGACGAAGCCGUCAACUCCUCUAAGAAAGAUGGCAGGCGGCUGCUGCGCUACCUGAUUCGCUUUGUCUUCACCACGGACGAGCUCAAGUUCUCCUGCGGUUUGGGCAAAAGGAAGCGUUCGGUCCACUCAGGAGAUCCAGGCCUGGAGAGACGACCACUCAACCCCGUCAAAGUCAGCUGCCUCAGAGAAUUCAUCCGGAUGCACUGUGCCUCAAACCCAGACUGGUGGAUGCCCUCAGAGGAGCAGAUCAACAAAGUGUUCAGCGAUGCCGUCGGUCACGCUCGUCAGGGCCGAGCGGUCGGUACGUUCCUGGGCAGCAGCGGAAGCAGCACCAGCAGCCUCUAUAUGGACGGCUUUGAUGGACAUCUGUCACAGGACGAACUGUAUUUGAAAGGCUGCCAGAAUGGCCAAUCGGACUGAAGUUAGAGGAGAAAUUAAAGACAAAUGCCGGAAAUGUAGCUGUACAACAACAUAUCCCAAAACACUCACCUGAACCUGUCACUUUACACAGUGAAGAAAACAUUCCAGAAGAAGUUUAUCAUAUAGAAUAUAACCCCAGUCUUG